AUGGUUAGCUCCCGGAAGAAACCAGUGCCCAAGCGUCCGGUUUACGACCUACCGCCUAUACGUGACCCGCGAACACAGCAGAGAAAGUUCAUGCCCGGUAGUGUCCCGCAUACAGUGCUAUCACAACGUCCAGCCCGUACACAUCUGGCUCCAGUACGCUCGGCCACAGGCUCGAGUGUCCACACACUAACGGUUCAGAGACGAACUGUUCGACCGGUGAAUAAUCCCUUAGUGCGAAAUCCGGCCACAACUCGAGUGCCUCCUACCAACAUCAACAUCCCUGCUGCACGAUUCCCAGGAAGAGGACGUCGAUUAGGAGACCAGUGA